CUUUCGGAUUCUCUCGAUUGCCAAAUGCGAAGCUGCAGAGUUGAGAAGAAGAUUUUGAGAUUGGAUCUUUGAACUUUUAGAUUCAGCAUGUGCCGCGAAGUUGGAGGAUACAUGGGGUCCUCUUCUAAGUCCGGACUGGUUUCUCUACGGCAACACUUCCUCUCAAAGCUUCGUCUCGCCAGAUCACUCCUUGGUAAUGGUCGUGUAGAUUAUAAAUUGGAUGGGCAUAGAGUGCUGUUCAAAUGCACGGAGACCUGUGCCGUUUCCUAGCAUUCGAAUGUCUUCACGUGCCGCUCUAAUUUGAUCGUUAUCAAUUUUCUUGUUUCUUAGGGCUACUAUUUGCCGCAACCAGCCCCGUGAAAUGCUCGCGCACCUGAUCCGAUAUACUGCGUUGUUUUCACAGAUUGUUGGCAGCUUUGCUGUUGGGCAUGCAAUGCGAUGAAGGGCGUGGAUUUCUGAUGCAACUCGAGGUUUCUUGGUGUUAGUGGGGUGGAUGUUGAGAAGAUGGUAUAUGGCCAUGGUAGACAGAACAUGCUUCGAAGACAAGAACCAGAUAUUCUCUUGUUGAAUAUACUUAGACUGGUUUUGCAAGAACGGUGAAUUAGGUCUAUGGUUAUGUUUCGAACGGAACUAUGCGGGAGAGCGGUGAUCUCUGCAGCACUAGAAGAGUGAGGAGUGUAGAGAUGUGAUGCCGCAGGUUUUCAAGUCCCGGCCACCUCCGGGAAGCAGCAGAAGUAGGAAACGCAAGUUAUUGCAAGGGGAGCCAGCUAGAAGUGAUGCAGAACCGGCGAAUUCCACUGCACAGUCGGAGCUAUGGGUGGAGAGGCAUGCGCCGAAGACGGUAACCGACCUAGUUGUGCAUGGCAAGAAGGUUGGCGAUGUCCACAAGUGGUUGAAAUCCCGGUUGCACGACCCUGGCUGGCGUGUACCUGGAGGCCAAUUGCUACUCCUGACGGGACCGCCAGGAGUUGGGAAGUCGACUACCAUUCGUGUGCUUGGUAAAUCAUUAGGCCUGGAAUUUUUCGAGUGGAAGACGCCUACGCCCACCCAAUGGCAGGAACAUGUCCACCAUGGCUUUACAGGACAUCGAUAUACUUCGAAGCUGGAUGAGUUUGAGGCAUUUGUGGAGAAUGCUCGAAAGUUUCCAGUGCUUCCUGUGGAGUCUAAUAUGGACUCGCCGAGGAAGGUGAAGGCGCUGUUAAUAGAGGAUCUGCCACAGGUCAACGAUGCUGCUCAGACGCAGCAGUUGUGCAAUCUACUGCUAGCCCUUGUGCGGUCAGUUUGCUUCAUUACUGUGGUUAUUAUGACUGACGUUGUGGAAGAUGGUGGAGGGAGAAAUACGAGGUUAUGGAAACAUCGAGAGGUGCAGCAGACGUUGGAAGGGGCGGGUGCUACCAAGAUUGUUUUCAAUCCUGUAACAGCAAAUUCCAUCAAGAGGUUACUCACCAAGAUUGCGGCUACUGAAAAGUGCCGUUUAUCAGGGGAUUACAUCUCUGCCAUUGCUGAGAAUUGUGGUGGUGACCUUCGACAUGCCAUCUCCGCACUCCAAUUUCAAUGUACAGGGCACUGUUUGAAUUCUCGUAAUGUGAAGGACAUAGGAGCUUUCGAGUUUGGUAGUGCAAGGAAUUCUGUGUUAGAAGAUACUGUAGUAAGGGUUGCAGAAUUUGAGAGUGGGACAAGUUCAUCUCCCACAUAUGGCCGCGACAAUAUAUUUUCCCUCUUUCACGCCCUCGGCAAAUUUCUCCACAACAAGAGGCACACGGAUCAAAGCCUGGAAGCAACACAAGAAUCUUUGUUGGUUUUAUGCGAGGAUUACAAAAGACAUCCUUUGAACAUGGAGGUACCGGAGAGGAUACUCUCAGAGGCGCAGAUUGAGUUUCCUUCUCUUGUGGCGUUUCUUCAUGAGAACGUGCUGGAUUUUGUUGAUGAAGAUGCCAUAGAUGAUGUGGCAGUCAUUCUAGCGUAUCUCGGCGAUGCUGAUACUCUAUUAAGCAGGCACUUCAAAGGCUCCUCCCACUCGCCUUCCUUGAACGAUAUAACCCCAUCGCAUGUGGCUUCUUUGGCAGCAGGAUCCGUGGCUGCUCGUGGUGUUUUGUUUGCCAAUACUCACCCUGCCCCGCGCAAGUGGCAAUCUGUUAGGGCUCCAACUCUAUGGCAGGUUGAGCGGCUUUUGUCAGAGAAGAAGGAUCCAAAGUCACGAUUGAAUGCGGCUCAAAUGACAGGCGGAGCACCGCCGGUCCAACUUUCUUGGCAUGAACCAUCAGGAAGCGCUCCAGAUUUUCUUCCCUCAGAGUCUGAAGACGAACCUAUGGACGACAUUGUACGCUUGACUGCGGAUUGUAUAGUAGACCUUGACAGCCUUGAAGACUUAGACUUACCUUUUUCCAACACUCAAGCGCAGAUGGUCCAUGUUAAUAGAGGACCUGUGGACAGCUUGCCAGAAGAAGAAUAUAUGGAAGAUGAGGACGUCAUAGAGGACGAUGAUGAUUAGAACAAUGCUAGGUGAGGAUUCGCGUUCAGAUUGGGGUUUAUCCCCUUCUUCAGAGGUUAUGAAUUAGAAGAGAGGUUAUCUUCUAAGAAGCUCUGUUAUGUGACAUGGUUUUCGGCAAUUCCAUCUGAGCAAUCCUUAUAUCUUCCUUUGGAGCGCUAAUAGCAUGA